AUGGCCGUUACGCGGACUUCUUCUGAUCGCUCCGACAUCGAGAAUGUCUCCCCUGAUAAGGAGGCCAUCCGGCAUGAAGAGUGUCAGAUCCGUGGCGGCAUGAGGCCCGAAGAUGUUGAGUUCCUCGCCAACUUGCCCGAGGAGAAGAAGAAGAAGGCUGUCAGAAAGGUCGAUUACCGUCUCAUCCCGAUGUUGGUGCUUCUCUACCUGAUGGCCUACCUUGACAAAACAAACAUCGGCAACGCCAAGAUCGAGGGACUGCUCGGCAGUCUCGGUAUGACCGGCGUGCAAUACAAUGUUGCUGUCUCUGUCUUCUUCAUCCCUUUUGUUUUAGCCGAAGUCCCGAGUAACAUGGUUCUUCAUCUCUUCCAGAGACCAUCACUGUAUAUUGGCGGCAUCGUUACGUGCUGGGGCAUCGUUAUGACGUGCAAUGGCGUCGUUCAAAAUUAUGGUGGCCUGGUCGCGGCUCGGAUCUUCCUCGGACUCUUCGAAGCAGGUUUCCUCCCCGGUGCUAUCCUCAUCAUCUCAAAAUGGUAUCUCCCCAAUGAAACACAAACUAGAAUUGCUCUUUUGUACACUUCCGCGGCGUCUGGAGGAGGUUUCUCAGGGCUGUUGGCCUUUGGAAUUGCCAGGAUGGACGGUGUCGGCGGCUAUGAGGGUUGGAGAUGGAUCUUCAUCCUCGAAGGCUUGGCUACGGUCGCUAUCGGAGUGGCGUGUUUCUUCUUCCUCAUUGACUCGCCCUCUCUAUCAAAAUGGCUCGAUGACGACGAGAAGCGAUAUCUCAUACUCCGCCAGGAAUCGAGGCGGGUCGUCCGACCGGACGAGUUCCGGGACAGCCACUUCGACAAGCAGGCGUUCAUCUCUGUGCUGACGGAUUGGAAGAUCUACCUCUUGAUCUUGGUCAACUGGUCCAACGCAGUGCCCAACUACGCCAUGAAGUUCACAAUGCCCCAAAUCAUCAAGAACAUGGGCUACACCUCGGCCAACGCCCAGCUCCUGACGAUCCCUCCGUAUGCGGUCGGCGCUCUGUCGGCUUAUGGCUUCUCCGUGUUUGCUGACCGCCACUCGUGGCGUAUGCCGUUCAUUGUUGGCCCGCAACUGUGCCUUGUUGUUGCCUUUAGCAUCUUGUUUGCUAAAUCCGCCGACAUCAAGCACAACAUUGCCCUCUGCUACUUUGCCGUGUGUCUCGCCUGCUUUGGCAUGUACCCAAUUCUGCCGGGAGUCAACGCCUGGAACGUCGCAAACACGCCGAGCCCCACGAAGCGAGCCGUCAGUAUCGGAUUCCUGGUCUGCGUCGGUAACGUUGGCGGCCUUAUUGGCAGCUACAUCUACAUCGACAAGGAAGCACCCAGAUACCCCACUGGCUUUGGCACAUCUUUCGCAUUCGCCUCGGCCGGCAUUGUUGCUGCCAUUACGCUCGAGGUUCUACUGCAUAGGCUCAACAAGAAUAAGGCGCUUAUUAGCGAGGAGGAGGUUAGGCAGAGGUAUACCGACGAGGAACUUGACCGCAUGGGAGAGAAGAGCCCAUUGUUCAAGUAUGCUAUCUAG